UUCUAGAUUGUACUGUGGUUUCUCAGCGCUCUGUGGCUUUUUUUAAACUCUCCUUAACCAUUUAAACCUUUACUGUCUGAAUACGUUCGAUUCAUAAAUCGACCAGCUUCGCAUCACUACUGUUUACAAAAGGCUUCUGUUCAAACCUACAGGGACGCAUUCACGUUCUCGGUGCUGUAGACAGUACGAUGCCGGAGGUGGCGGUGAGGCAGUGAGGCGAUGGGCUGCACCUCUGCCAAGCCGUUAUCAGCCGUACCCGGAGACGAAGAGGGGCGGAGCAAAGCUUACAGCAAUGGAGAUGCCUUCUCCGAUGAGUACAAAAUGAAGGGAGUUGAGAAGGUGAAGUACGCGCAUGGAGAGGAGGAGCGAAUGAACACGCGCAACCAGGAGAACAUGGAGAAGAGCACAUUUUUGCACAAAGGUAAACACAAAGAUGCCGGUGGAAACACUAAUAAAAUAAGUAUCCAUUCCUCAGAGAGCCAGCAGGAGUUCUUCAGGAUGCUGGAUGAGAAAAUUGAGAAGGGUCGGGACUACUGCUCUGAAGAGGAGGACGUCACAUAGCGCCAUUCUGCUCAGCUCGGCCCAGCGGAGAACCCGUCCUGCCCCGGAGUUCCUCACAUCGCUCCUUUCCUCGUCUUCCUGUUCCUCAAGAGAAAACACCACGUGCCAGACUGAACCCGGAUUCUCUCCUGUUUACAUUUUUACCACGGUGGGGUUCACAGGUUAGGUGAGUCUUGGCAAGGAAAGGAACUUCCGAUGAGGUGAAAGGAACCAGGACACGGACCGGAUUUCCGACGGACUGUCCUUUAUCGCCCCUGCCUUACAGCUACCCCAGCCCAUAAAUAAGCCUUCUCCUGCUCGUAGACUCGAAAGGAAUUGGACUGAGCCAUCGCACAGGCUGGCCUGGACGUCUUUUCAUCCAGCCUUUUGAAGAAGACGCAGGGAUGGACGUUACGCUCCCUCUUAAAUAGCCACGUCUUCUGAGAACGAGAAUGAAAGUGUGAGAUUAGGAAAAGCCAUGUGAAGUGCUGCGCCCGUUCGGAUGGCCUGGUGACGGAUCUUGAGCAGAUGGACUCCAGCGGACUAUUCCUCACAUUCCAGGAGUCUGUGUUUUUUUUUAUAUGUUGGUAAUUUUUGUUCAUUUUUGAUUUUGUUAUACAAACUUUUUUUUUUUUUUUUUUACUUUUUUCACAACAAUUUUUUUUAUUUUAAGUGUAACACUGCUCAGGACUGUAGUGCUGUUAUUUCUGACUGUUAGGGGGGCGACGCACUUGGUUAGUUUCUUUUUAGGACUCGAUGGGAUGCUCUCUUGGAUUUCACCAUAGCUGAAUGACCGAUGGAUGGACAAUAUAGCAUUUAGCAUAACCGUGUUUAGAGGGACCAGUUACAAAGCAUCGUUAUGACGUCAUGUAGAUUCAAAUGCAUAUUUCCGUGUUUCUGUAGUGCAUCGAUGGUUGAAUAUUACAAAUCUGCUAGAUGUCAAAUGUAAGAUUCACAAUCUUGACUUGGCGAAUGCAAGUUGCCCAACAGAACGUUUGUCCAGCGGAGGAGAUCAGACACUACGCAGUAGGGAUGCACGAUGAUACCCCAAUCGCAUCAGCAUUUACCGAUAUUUCAAACUGGUAUUUAUUGUCCCCAGAAGAGCAGAACUUUCAGGCCACGCUGGGUUACUGUGACUAGAAUAUCUGUACUUUAUUCAUUUCACUGCAUUUUUAACUCCCUACAAAUAAAUAUUAUAUUUCUUUGUGAUUUAUAAUCUGGCUGGAUCUCAUAAAUAACAGAGUGCAUCAUCAGAUAAAUACCAGCGGCCGUAUUACAGAAACUUCCUACAACCCCCCCCCCGUCUUAAGAUCUGACCAGUCAAGAUGAGAUUUUACACAAAUUUGUAUAACAGAAGGAAAUCUUAUCCUGAUUUAGGAGUCUUAUCUUACAGCAUCUUAAUUCACUCCAUCGAAGUGGACAAUCAACUGCCAUGCCUGUUACCUAGCAACCGACCAUACGCACAGCUGAAACAUGAAACGCGUAAUCAAAAAAGGAAAGUUAGCCAGAUAGCUAACGUUAGCUACCUUUUACUGAUGUAAGAAAGGUCAAACAAAAAUAAAGUGAUACUUUAAGGUUGUGAAUACUGUGAGAGCACCCCCUGCUGUUUAUCAGAGCGUCGCCGCUCCUCAGUUUCAGUCUCCAUUUCCCAAAUGCUUUAGCUGAGCGCGUUAACGCUACUCCUCCUAAUAAGCAGACACUUCAGCUCCGUCUCCUCGUUUUUCACCACCAUCACUGUAAUAUUUCAUCACCAACAUUAACACAGGAAGGUGAUCAGAGGGGCGGCGGCGUUUGAGUCGGCAGCAUCCGAGAUGUUUAAAACGCAGUUAGAAAAGAAAAUCAUCUCCCAGUGAAAGCCGCGUUUUACGGUAGAAAUAAAAGGAGCUCAUUAUGCUGGUAGUGAACGACGCUGCCUGACUCAGCCUCAGAACCAGAGAAACGGACCUUAAACAGAAGUUAGGACCCUGUUGGGGUUCAUCCUAACUAGACUAAACCUACACUCGCUUCUUAGGUAAUCUAAAAGCUAGGGCUGGAUUUAGGAGGUUUAGUCUAGUUAGGAUGUUUGUGUGGUGCUGUUUUCUUGUCUGGAGUUAAGAGCUUCAGUCCUAACUGAAGUCGUCAUGGCGACUCAACAGAUCAGAUUUCCGAGUGUUGAGGUUUCUGUAAAACGGCCCCUGGAAAAUAUCGAAUAGCAGCAUCAGCCCAUAGUUCCCACAUCAGUGCAUCCCUACUGAGCACGUACGUACUGGUUCGUUCACGCGGUGAAUUCAAACAGCCGUCGAAACACUCAACACUCACUGCUUCUGAGCUACACUCGCUUCUUAGGUCCCUCUGCUGCGCAGAAUCUGUUGGCAAACUUGCAGACCAGACUUUAAUCUGAUUUAAACAGAGAAACGUACUAUUAGCACAACGCACAGCAACUUUUGGCUACAUAUAAGUGCCCCUGUUUCUUGCAGCUGUCCAUUCACUGCUUUCAAAUGUGCAAAAACUAGAGCCUGACUGAUUUCUGGAACUGAUGCAUAAAUCUAGCUGCUAUUAGAGUGAUGAUCGCUGAUUAUAUACACAGUCACGUCAGUCUCUGACGGCUAGUUGCUUAAUUAAGGCCUUCUUCGUUCUCCAUAACGUCCCUCAUCCAAACCUGGUAACCAACGUUUGUAACACACUGUGAAAAUUCCAGCUGGGGGUGGACGAUAAAACCGGAAAAUCGGUUAUCACGAUACCUAAAUAAAAUUAUGAUACUCGAUACGCGUCACAAUAUUCUGACGCAGACAAAAUGGGCUACACUCUUAAAAAAGACUGUGCUUCAAAGGGUUCUAUAUAGAACCGUGAACACUCAAAGAAUCGUAUGAUUAAAGGGUUCUUUGCAUCAUGAAAGUGUUCUUCAGAUUGAUGGAGAAUGUGGUAUAGAUGGUUCCGUAUACAACCAAGCUUGUAACAACUGGGAUUCCAUUAAUCCGAAGAACCUUUAAUCGAGGGUUGUUUGAGCGUUCAUGGUUCUAUACGGAAGUUUUCUUUGCUAAAGAACCAUCUAAAAAUAGUCACAUAAAGAAAAUUCAAAAACUAAAAUACAAUGAUUAUUAUUGAUCUUACAUUCUAUACAGCCCUGUGUUCAGUAAUGCAUACCGUGUAUGACAAUGAUAAAACAUAUCGACCGUCUCUAAAACCAGCUGCCCUUUAUGAAUGGAUUAAUAAAAAUGGCCUAGACUUAUAUGGAAUAAUAAUAUGAUUACAUUAACAUGCAGCCGGGUCCAAAAGUUUGGGAGCACUGGUGAAAAUGCUGUUCGCGUUCCUUUCUAAUUUAAUACAAAAUUACAAAUGAUCAUUAUUACAAAUUAUCAUACAAAUUUAUUCAAAUUUUAAAGGUAAAACACUCGAGCUGGACUCCCCAAGUUUAUAAGCCACGGAUCAGUAGAUCGAAUCCACUUCAGAGACUGAAAACGAACUUUAACGGAAAAAAAAACAAACGUUUUGGUAAAAAAAAAACAAAAAAAACAAAUUUACUUCAAUUUGAAUUGUGACCUAAAAAUGUUUAAGAUUUUCACGAUUCUAAAAACUUCCCACGUAACAGGGAAUAACGUGCCGCCCCCCACCAAAAAAGCCAGCACUGAUUCUCAGUGUCGUCUGGACUUUUGGACCCCACUUUACCAUCAAGUUAAGAACCUUCGCACCUUUUUUCCCCUUACAAAGUUCCUCUUUCACGCAGAGUUUUGUAAGGAGAGCGACGAUCGGCCCAGUGUGUCUGUGAACCGAUAUAUCGGUCAGGCUCCAGUGAAGAAACACAAAACUGUAACGACUGGACAUCAAAACUGUCCACCGUGUUCUCUUUGCUUUCCUUUUAGGAACUCAUACCACGUGUAUGAUAAGUGCCCGAUACUGUCUGUUCUGAAAUAUUGCCAAAAUGAAAAAUUCAACAUUGA